AUGGUUGCUCCUCUUGCACGGAUCUUCACGGCCCAGUGGAUGCUGCUGAUCACUCCGUUGUGUGUUGGCUGGCACUGCGCAGACUCGGAGGUGCCAGACUGACCUGUUAGAACUUUGGUGCUGAAUCAGUGGAAAAUGGAACUGAGUUGGAUGAGCAGCAUGAAUGCUACUGAGCACUGGUGUUCAGUGACUGCAGGAGAUUUUACUGAGACUAUAAUGGCAGAGCAUAUGAAGUGCAUGUUUGGAAAUAUAGCACCUCCUCUGCACAAUGGAGUAAGAUUUUCUGCUUUAGCAGUGAACAUGAAUGGCACAUAUUCAAACAUAUGCAGAUAUAUUCCUCAAGGCAUGGAUGGGUCGGCCAUUGAAAACUUCUCCUGUGUGCUUUAUAACGUUUCCCUCAUGAACUGCACUUGGCAGGCAGGCAGGGAUGCUCCAGGAGAUACACAGUAUUUUCUCUACUGGCAGAACUCAAGAGAUGACGACAAGAUGGAAUGUGAGCUUUACAUUAAAGAUGAAAAUGGCAGAAACAUGGGAUGUAGAUUCCAAAAUGUGAGGAUAGGAACUGAAAAAGCUUACUUCCUGGUGAAUGGGUCCAGCAAAGACUCCCUGAUCCAGUUCUAUGAUGAGUACAUUGAACUGUAUAAAAUUGAAAAGCUGAUGCCUCCAUCAAAAAUCUCUGUCAACUGUGAUGAAAUUAAAAAUGAUUGCAGAAUUCAAUGGCAACGACCCCAAAUAAGUCAUUCUAACAAAGACAACUGUUUUAAAUAUGAAAUCAACAUAAAGUAUAAG